AUGGCGAUAAGAAAGGAGCCCAACUUGAUUGUAUCUCUGGCAUUACAGUAUGCCAAAUUAUACGGAAGUGUAAUACGCGCAUGGUUGGGUUCCAAAUUGAUUAUAUUCCUUCUGGACGCUGAUGAUAUCGAAAUUAUUCUUGACAGUCAAAUCCAUAUUGAUAAAUCUGCUGAAUAUAGAUUUUUUAAGCCCUGGCUUGGUGACGGGCUACUAAUCAGCUCAGGAGACAAAUGGCGUUCCCAUCGCAAAAUGAUUGCUCCAACGUUUCAUAUCAACAUUCUCAAAUCUUUUAUUGAUGUAUUUAACAGCAAGAGCAAGAAAGUCGUUGAAAAAAUGCAAGUUGAAAUAGGAAGAACCUUUGACAUACAUGAAUACAUGAACGAUGUGACUGUAGACAUUUUGCUGGAGACCGCCAUGGGUAUUACCAGAAGAGUUGAAGACAAAUCUAGCUUCGAUUACGGAGUAUCAGUAAUGAAAAUGUGUGACAUCAUUCACCAAAGACAAUACAAAUUUUGGUUACGAAUUGAUGCACUUUUUAAAUUGUCGCCAUUUUAUAAAAAACAACUUGAGCUGUUGAACAUUAUUCAUGGAUUUACACGUAAGGUAAUUAAAAACAAGAAAGAGAUUUAUUUGGAGAAUAAAGCUAAGGGUAUAAUUCAUCUCACUAUUGAAGAACUCACGAAAACAAACGAAACAAAUGAACUGUUAGUCAACAAUGAGAAAACACUAUCUGACACUAUAUUCAAAGGAUACCACGACGACUUGGACUUUAACGAUGAAAAUGAUAUUGGCGAAAAGAAACGAUACCCAUUUCUUGAUUUGAUGAUAGAAUCAGCGCAAAAUGGAACAAACCUAAUAAGUGACGAAGAAAUUAAAGAAGAAGUAGACACCAUCAUGUUUGAGGGCCAUGACACAACAGCUGCCGCCUCCAGUUUUGUGUUAUGUCUCUUAGGCAUAUACCAAGAUAUACAAACGAAAGUAUACGACGAAUUGCACGAGAUUUUCGGUGAUUCUGACCGUCCCGCCACCUUUGCUGAUACGUUAAAUAUGAAGUAUUUGGAAAGAGUUAUUCUGGAAUCUUUGAGGUUAUAUCCGCCUGUGCCAGCUAUCGCUAGAGAACUAAAACGAGAUGUUAAAAUUGUGACAAAUAACUACAUCCUGCCUGCGGGUUCUACCGUGGUCCUCGCAUUUUACAAGGUUCAUCGAGACCCCAAACACUUCAAGAACCCUGACACAUUCGAUCCGGACAACUUUCUACCGGAGAAUACGAGGAACCGACAUUACUACAGCUUCAUACCGUUCAGUGCUGGAGCUAGGAGCUGUGUUGGUCGCAAAUACGCUCUGCUAAAAUUGAAAAUCUUGCUGUCCACCAUUUUGCGGAACUACAAGACCAUAUCCGAAGUACCAGAGGAAAAAUUUGAAUUGUUAGCUGACAUUAUUCUGAAAAGAGCUGAUGGUUUUAGAUUGAGAAUAGAACCCAGAGGAAAAUUUUAUUCAAACACAGCAGCGUCAUAAAGUAUUGUUACGUCGUCACAUAUAGUUUCUAAGACUAUAGGUACCUCCAAUAGUUGUAUGUAAUUAAAAGACAUAGCAUAUUUUAGAGAGGUAAGACAUUAUAAGUAUGCAAACAAAAUUUUAUUUAUAUGUAAAUGACAAUGUAAAAAAUGUAAAUGCAUAAAAUUAUGGACACAGUUAUAGUAAGUAACAAAUACUUUCUAUGUAGAUCACACGAUAGAUUGACCUUCUUUAAUGAAUACUAAAUGUACGUAAGAAAUGAUUAUUUAAUAAAUUACAACAAGAAAUAGUAAAAACUAUUAAGUUGUCUGAAUUGACUAAUUUAAAUGAGAAAACCAUAAUUAUGAUUCAAUGGAACUUUUGACCAAUAAUUACCAUUAUUUUGGGAUAAUUUUAUGAGAACGUUUUGUUUUUUGUUAAAUAUGUGUUCAGUAGUGGCAGCAGAUAAUGCUAUUUUUUCUAUUUUUAUUAAUUAAAAACUAGUAGUGUAUGUCAUAAGAUAUUUUAACAAUUACUAAAAUGACGUAAAUAUAUUGACCUUAACAUUUAUAGGCGAAAAAACGCAGGAUUGAAAUUAUUGAAAGUAUUUAAAAAGUUUAUGAUUUUUUUUAGUUUGUGGCCACAAAUAGGAGGUUGUGUAACGAAUCUAAACUUUAUACAUGAGCACUUUUUGGUUGGAACAUGAUCCGCCAAACUGAUGCUGAAGUCUGAUGCCAGGCAGGUUACCGAUUAUAUAAUAAAUAAAUAUUUACUCUGCUACAAGAUGCUCCAGACUUUGGUGUGGAAUACAGAUAGCAGAUGAAAAUAAGUUUUUUUAUAAUAUAUUACUUAUGGGUAAAAGAGAAAAUGAGUAUUUUAUUCGUAGAUGAGGAAUGCUUGUUCUCCUAAAAAAUAUCAUCACCUCCAUGCCAUAACAUUAAUAAAAUAUCAAGGUUACGGCGCCUAUUAAAAAUAAUAUGCUCUGCGUGCGUGGUUACAUAAUUACGAUAUUGCUUGAAAAAUACCCUCUUCCUCUUAUAGUGAGUCAGUAAUUAUACGAAUUAGCCGUAAUCACUACUAAAAUAAAUACAAGUAACAAUAACUUUGUAGUAAGACCUCAAUUACUAUGCAGAAAUGUAUCAAAUUAGCUAUACAUAACUUGAUUGUUGGGUUGAAUAUUGGCAGGUUUAAUUUACAAAAACCGGCAUUAUGAACUCUAAUGCAAAGAUUUGAAUCCCAGGUCGAGCAGUGAUGUUGGGUCUAUUCAAUU